AUGUCACCUCCUAAUUUAAUUAAUGCUCAACAUCAUUCAGUUUAUAUUCCAAAUUAUCUUCAAGCAUUAGAUUAUCCAAAUGUUGAUGAAACACAAUCACCACACCAACAGCAAGAACAAUCUGAUUAUCGUUAUAACGAUGGUUUUGAUCCAUUUCAAUUUGAUUUUUUUCAAACAACAACACCAUCAAUUCAAUUUCUAUUUGAUACAUCAACAAUUCAUGAUGAUAUAAUUACUGAUGAUUCAAUAACAAAUUUAACAUCAACAAUAUUAACUUCUUCAGAUUCAACGAUUACAACAGAUAUCAUUUCUACAACAUUAAACUCAACAUUAUUAACAACUGAACAGAUGACAUCAAUACAAAACAGUACUUAUUCAUUCAUAUCAACAGAUACUAUUCUAUUCAAUAAUGAAACUUCUUCUUCAAAUGAAAUAAUUCCAUCAUCUACUGAUAACAAUACAUUAUUAUUAACGUUGAAUUAUUCAACAGACAAUGAAUCAAUAUCAACACACGAACAAAUUAAUGAAACAAUAGAAAAUAUUUUUAAUAAUACUUCUACGAUAGGAACAUUUGUAAAAAAUAAUAGUGAUUUAAUUAUUAAUUUAUUAAAUCGAACUUACUUUCAAGGUAAAAAUUUAGUUAAUCAUAAACAAUAUGAUAUUUAUAAUACAACUCCUGAAGAAGCAGCACGACAUUUAACUGAUAGAAAAACUAUGCAAUCACUGAUACAUUUACUUCCACCUAAUUUAUGGUCACAAUUACAAAAUAAUUUUUCAGCUAUUAAUUUUAAUCAAACUCAAUAUAUGCAACCAUCAUUACCUGAUCCUGUAAUACUCGCUGAAGCAGCAGCACAAGCCGGUUUACCUGGUCCAGGACCAUAUCCAAUACCUGAUCAUCUUUGGCAUCAAAAUCCAAAUAAUUAUCGAAACCCUUCACAAACUCUUAAUAAUAUUGCAAUAAGAAAGCCAGCAAUAACUUCUUCAACAACAACAUCGACAACGAAACUAUUACGAGCAUCGCCAUCAAAUGUAUUUUUUAAAUUAUCAAAUACACAAGCACCUUACCAAACAAAACCAAUAUCAACAAAAACAAGUACUAGUUUUCGACUAUUUCAUAAAUCGAAUGAAAUUCGAUCGGGAUCGUUUAUACCUAAUAAACACUUACCACCACCAUCACCACCACCACCACCACCACCAUCACCACCGUCUCCGUUACCAAAUGCUAAUAUUCAAUCAUUACUUGCACAAAUUGGUUUUACUUGUCCAUCAGGUGUAACUGGUAUUCGUUUUCCUGAUCAACGUUUAUGUAAUAUGUAUUUUACAUGUACACAAUCAGGUUUACCUGAACCAUCACUUUGUCCAGAAGGUUAUCUUUUCUCUGAAAUAUCUCGUGAUUGUGAACUUGCAUCACAUGUUAAUUGUGGAUCACGUUUAUCAGCUUUUUUCGAUGCUGAUAAUAAUAAUAAUCAUAAUAAUAAUAAUCAUAAUAAUAAUAAUCAUAAUAAUAAUAAUCAUAAUAAUCAUAAUAAUAAUAAUCAUAAUAAUCAUAAUAAUAAUAAUCAUAAUAAUAAUAUAAAUACUGACAGUAAAAUACUUUUUACCAUAAGAACAACGACCACGACCACGACCACGACCACGACCACGACCACGACCACAACCACAACAACAACAACGACGACGACGACUACAACUACUACUCGAAGAACAACCCCAUCAACUUCUUCAAUUCGAUUACAAGCUAAUAUAGUUAAUGGAACAUUAGAAUGUGUUUUGGGUGCUGAUGGUUAUUAUGAAGACCCAUUGUAUUGUAAUGUAUAUCAUCAUUGUCUGGCUGGUAUUGAUUAUAUUGAACAUUGUCCAAAUCAAUUAGCUUGGAAUGAAAAAAAGAAAAUGUGUGAUUGGACAACAAAUGUGAAUUGUACAGGUAAAACUAUGCCUGUUGUUCAAGGUAAAACAUCAUUUUGUACAAAUCGACAAGAUGGUCGUUACGGAUCUGAAACUUAUUGUAAUGCAUUUCAUCAUUGUAUUGGUGGUACUGAUCAUAUUGUACGAUGUACUGGUGAAUUACAAUGGGAUGAUAGAAAAAAAGAAUGUGGUUGGGAAUCAUCUGUUCGUUGUGGUCCACCAAAAAAGAUGUUACCUAAUGAAAAUAAAUUUAAUUCAACAUUUUGUACAGGAAAAACAGAUGGAUCAUAUCCACAUGAAGAAUAUUGCAAUGUUUAUCACGUAUGUGAAUCAGGUGCCGAUAAUAUGCGUCAAUGUCCACAUCAAUUAUUUUGGGAUAAUGAACAACAAAAAUGUGAAUGGUCAAAUAAUGUUCGUUGUACAGGACGUACACUUGUUGCUCUUUCAAUGGAAUCAAGUUUAUUUUGUAUGGAGAAAACCGAUGGAUUUUAUAUCGAUCCAAUUUAUUGCAAUGUUUAUCAUCAAUGUAUGGCUGAUAUUGAUGUUAAAUUACGUUGUCCGGAACGUUUAGUAUUUAAUGAAACAUUAAAACGUUGUGAUUGGCCGGAAUCAACAAUUUGUAAAGGUGGAAAUAUAUUACUUGAAGGAGAAGAUAAUAAUGGAUUUUGUACAGAUAAACCAAAUGGAAACUUUGCUCAUGAACAAUAUUGCAAUCGUUAUUAUAUAUGUCAAAAUGGAAAAGAUGUUGUAUUUACAUGUCAAAAUAAUUUAAGAUAUUCAGCCGAAAAAAAUGAAUGUGAUUGGGCUAUUAAUGUUGAUUGUAAUGGUAAACCAGAUUAUAUGUGGGAAGGUAUUAAAGAGAAUUUUUGUAAACGUUUACCGGACGGAAAUUAUCCAGAUAUUAGAUUUUGUAAUAUAUUUCACCAAUGUCAAGCAGCUAUGGAUUAUCCAAAACGAUGUCCAAAUAGACUUAUGUUUAAUGAAGAAACAAAAGAAUGUGAUUGGGAAGAUAAAGUUGAUUGUAAAGGUCGAGAAAAAUUAAUUGAUACUGAAGGCCUUGAUGAUGAAGUACGUCCAGGCACAAAUAAUACUCGAGGACGUUCAACUAAAUUUUGUAUGGUAAAACAAAAUGGUGACUAUGCUGAUUCAUAUUAUUGUAAUGUUUAUCAUAAUUGUCAUGGCGGAUUUGAUACUAUUCAAUAUUGUACAAGAGGUUUAGUCUGGCGUCAAGAAAGUGAAACAUCAGGUAGAUGUGAUUGGUCUAAAGAACGAUCACCGAAUGGAGCCGAUUGUAAUGGAAAAGCUUUAUUUUUUGUUGAAAAAUUAGCUGAAAAUGAUAUAUUAUCAAACUUACGUUCAGAAUUUUGUAUAAGUAAAGGAGCUGGUCUAUAUGAACAUCAACGUUAUUGUGACCUUUAUUUACAAUGUAAUGAACAAGGUGUUGGUGUAACAAUGGAAUGUAGUCCUGGUCUUGUUUUUAAUGAGAAGAAAAAAGAAUGCGAUUAUCAAGGAGAUGUUAGUGAUGAAGCAAAAGGUACAUUAUGUUUAACACCAAGAAGUUUUCUACGUUCGAAACCAAAAUCUGAACAAGCAUCGAUAUUAUUCGAAGGUGUUGAUGCUACUGGACAAUUUCCAACUCGUUUUGAUUGCAUAAACAAAGAUCAACAAAAUAUGUUUGCUGAUUUAGAUUGGUGUAAUAUUUAUCAUGUAUGUAUUGGUAAUCGUGAUAAUAUAUUUUUAUGUCCACCUGGUACAAUAUUUAAUGAUACAAAACAAGGAUGUACGGAUCGUUUUGAUGGAACAAAUUGUAACGGUACACGUUCUUAUUAUAAACCACUAACAAGACGUCAAAAACGUAUUGAUUUAUCAUUAAUAUCAAAAAAAGUACCAGAAAAUAAUUUUCAUUCGGCAAAUCUAAAAAAAUUACCAUUUAAUAAUUAUAAUCAACGAAUCCCAUUUGAAUGGAGAAAACCACAAAGAUCAAGACAGUUUGAUGAUAACUUUUUUGAAUGGCGACACCAUCCUCCAUAUUAA